GCCUUUUGCCAAACAGAUUGAUCGAGUUGUUAGAAAGGAGCAGAGGGAGAGGUGAGAAGCAUAAACAAGCUCAUGGGUUCUUUGGGAGAGGAAGAAGAUAAAAUAAUAGAUGAAAGCCAUGGCAGACUGGCUAUGAUGGAGCUUGCAAACAUGCUGAGUGUGCCCAUGGCUCUCAAUGCAGUGAUCCAGCUAAAUAUUGCAGAUAUCAUAUGGCAAAAUGGUCUCAACAACCCACUUUCAGCAACAGAAAUCUCAUCAAAAAUACCCACAAUAGCCCCCUCUUCCUCUUCUUCUUCGUCUGAAAAUCUACAGAGAAUAAUGAGAAUGCUUGCAAGUUACUCUGUAUUCAAAGAGAUUGUUUCAAUAGACUCUAAUGGAGUUUCUCAGAGAUUGUAUAGCCUAACAGAGGUGGGAAAAACUCUGGUUAAGGAUGAGAUGGGUUUAUCAUAUGGGUCCUAUGUAUUGCAGCACCAUCAAAAGGCACUGCUUGAUGCCUGGCCUAUGCUUCAUGGAGCUGUACUGGACCCUACACAGGAGCCCUUCAGACAAGUUCAUGGAAAGCCUGCUUAUGAAUUUUAUGGUGAUGAUGGUGACUCUAAUGAGCUCAUGAGGACUGCCAUGGCAAGUGUUUCUGUUCCUUUUAUGAAGACUCUUCUCAAUUCUUAUGAUGGUUUUGAUGGUGUUCAUACUCUGGUUGAUGUGGGAGGCAGCUCUGGAUUCUGUUUGCAUAUGAUCAUACAGAAACAUGUGCAUAUGAGAGGAAUCAAUUUUGAUCUACCACAUGUUAUUGAUGGAGCUCCUUCCUAUCAGGGUGUGACAAAUGUGGGUGGAGAUAUGUUCAACUCCAUUCCCUCUGGGGAUACCAUUUUCAUGAAGUGGAUCUUAACAACUUGGAGUGAUGAAAAAUGCAUCCAAAUUCUGAAACACUGUUAUAAUGCCCUGCCAGAAAUAGGAGGCAAAGUUAUUGCCUGUGAACCAGUUUUACCCAAACACACUGAUAAUAGCCAGAGAACAAGAACUCUCCUUGAAGGGGAUAUUUUUGCAAUGGCAGUAUACAGUUCAGGAGGCAAGGAAAGGACAGAGGAGGAGUUUAUGAAUCUGGGUAUUUCUGCAGGCUUCUCAAAGUUGAAGGCCUUUUAUCUAGACCCAUUUUUCACUGUUUUAGAAUUUGAGAAGUAGUUCAAGUUGGGACACUCAGCUUUAGAAUAAAUUUUUUAGGAUGAACUGCAAAAUCUAUACAAAAGUUGAAAAUGUCUAUUUAUCUAUAUGAUGUGGAAUAAUCCAAUUGUUAAUUUAAAUAUGGUUUAUGAUUUGAUUGAAUAUUAUUAUGAAAA